AAUCCUAUGUAACUGCCAUGAUGAUGCAUCCAGAUUCACAUACCUUUUAGCGAAGCCUAGCUGUGACUACCUAGAACAGGAGGACUUCAUCCCACUGCUUCAGGAUGUGGUGGAAACACAUCCUGGCCUGACGUUCCUGAAGGAUGCUCCGGAGUUCCAUUCCCGGUAUAUUACGACGGUUAUACAGAGAAUAUUCUACACAGUCAAUCGAUCCUGGUCUGGGAAGAUCACUCUAACAGAGCUGAGGAAAAGCAACUUCUUGCAAACUCUUGCUCUCUUGGAAGAAGAGGAUGACAUAAAUCAGAUCACAGAUUAUUUCUCCUAUGAGCACUUCUAUGUUAUAUACUGUAAAUUCUGGGAGCUGGACACUGAUCAUGAUCUUUACAUCAGCCAGAAGGAUCUGGCUAGGUACAGUGAUCAAGCUUUAUCAAACAGGAUUAUUGAGCGAAUAUUCAGCGGUGCUGUGGUGAGAGGCAAUGAAGUUCAAAAGGAAGGCCGCAUGAGUUAUGCCGAUUUUGUGUGGCUCCUGAUUUCAGAGGAAGAUAAAAGGAGUGCUACAAGCAUUGAGUACUGGUUUCGGUGCAUGGACCUGGAUGGGGAUGGAGUGCUUUCCAUGUAUGAACUGGAGUACUUUUAUGAGGAGCAGUGUGAGCGGAUGGAAGUGAUGGGCAUAGAACCACUGCCAUUUCAUGACUUGUUGUGUCAGAUGCUUGAUCUCGUUAAGCCAGAGAGGGAAGGAAGAGUAACCCUGCGAGACCUGAAGAGGUGCAGAAUGGCUCAUGUAUUCUACAACACCUUCUUUAAUUUAGAGAAAUAUCUGGACAAUGAACAGAGGGAUCCCUUUGCAGUGCAAAAGGACAUUGAAAAUGAUGGUCCUGAACCCUCUGACUGGGACAGAUAUGCUGCUGAAGAGUAUGAGAUUCUUGUGGCUGAGGAGUCUGGGAAUGAGCAGUUACAAGAAGGAUCAUUUGAAGAAGACUAUGACACAGAUGAAGUCUUAUCUCCCCCUGAAACUGGAGACAAGUCAGACAAACUAGUUAUCUCAGAUCUCUCAGCAUAGAGAAAUGGAAGACAUUUAAUCAAUAUCUUUCAAACUGGAUAGCAUUCAGUCCCAAGACACUUAGGAAUUUUUCUUAAAUCCGUCAUUGGAGCAAUGUGCUUUAUUUUGUACACUGUAACUUGAGAACCCUUUUUCUCUUCCUGUGUAAUUGCAAUAAGGUAAUUUCUAUAAAAAAGCUUUUUACAAUGUGUUAUCAUGCACGCUCAUUAAAAAUGGUGAUUGCACCUUGUUUCAUUUAUAUAUAAAUUCUGUUAUGUCCCCAGAUGUGCAAUAAAUGCCAGCAUCUAAUGAUUAACUGUAACAAUUGCAUGCAACAUCUACAGUGGUUGUUUCUCAUUCAGUUCAGUCCUGUGCCAUUCUGUCCCCUUGACUUUA